GUGAGCCCCAACUGACACAUUACGUAGUGUCGGCGCAUCCAUCCCCUUGGAUCGGCCUCUUCCCCGUGACACCAAAUUUAAAACCUAACAAAAAAACAACUCAAAACCUACGCAGAAGUACACACUCACUCUACAAACGACCAAGACCGCCCGCGCGCCAAUUAAGAAACCCAAGGCAAUGACCCUCCUGAUCUCCCUAGCUCGUCUCCUUCUUCUUUCCCUUCUCCUUGUUGGGUUCCCCAGGUUUGCAUCGAGCGCCCAUGACUACCAAGACGCAUUAUCGAAAGCAAUCUUAUUCUUCGAGGGUCAGCGGUCGGGUUUUCUUCCACAGGACCAGCGAAUCACCUGGCGCGCCAAUUCCGGACUGAGCGAUGGUUGGAUGUACAACACUGACUUGACCGGAGGUUACUACGACGCCGGUGACAACGUCAAAUUCGGCUUCCCCAUGGCCUUCACGACGACAAUGCUAGCCUGGAGCGUGAUCGAGUUCGGCGAUUCCAUGCCCCCCAAUGAGCUGAGGAACUCUCUCGUGGCAAUCCGUUGGGCCACCGAUUACUUGCUCAAGACUCUGUCUCAGCUGCCUAACCGGGUUUUUGUGCAGGUAGGGGAUCCAAACAUAGACCAUAAUUGUUGGGAAAGACCUGAAGAUAUGGACACGGCCAGGACUGUUUAUGCCGUUGAUGCACCAAAUCCGGCUUCUGAUGUUGCCGGAGAGUCAGCCGCAGCUCUAGCAGCUUCAUCUAUGGCAUUCCGAUCAUCGGACCCGGGAUACUCUGAUACUCUAUUACGGAAUGCCAUCAAUGCUUUUCAAUUUGCCGAUAGUUAUAGAGGAGCUUACAGCGAUAAUUCCAAUAUAAGAGAUGGUGCCUGCCCAUUUUAUUGCGAUUUCGAUGGCUAUCAGGAUGAGUUACUGUGGGGAGCAGCAUGGUUAAGGAGGGCAACUCAGCAGGAUACUUACCUCAAUUAUAUACAAAGCAAUGGCCAAACCCUUGGAGCCAAUGAAAAUAUCAAUGAAUUUGGAUGGGACAACAAACAUGCUGGCCUUAACGUUUUAGUCUCUAAGGAAGUCAUAGAAGGAAAUAUGUAUUCACUGCAAUCGUACAAAGCUUCGGCUGACAGCUUCAUGUGCACUCUUAUACCGGAAUCAUCUUCCUCACACAUAGAGUACAGUCCUGGGGGGCUCAUAUACAGGCCCGGAGGCAGCAACUUGCAACAUGCAGCGUCCAUUUCAUUCCUUUCACUGGUCUAUGCAAAUUCCUUGGCUCGAACGUCUCAAUCUAUUAACUGUGGCAACAUAUAUAUUAGUCCAUCCAUGCUUCGCCAACAGGCUAAGCGCCAAGUUGAUUACAUUCUAGGCGAUAACCCCAAGGGUUUAUCUUAUAUGGUUGGGUAUAGCAACUACUAUCCGCAACGCAUUCACCACCGUGGAUCGUCGUUGCCAUCUAUUAAUGACCACCCCCAAUUCAUUUCAUGCAAGGAGGGCUCGAUCUACUUCAACUCAACAAAUCCUAACCCUAAUAUCCUUGUCGGGGCUGUGGUGGGAGGACCGGGGGAGGACGACAUAUAUGAGGAUGAUCGAACUGAUUACAAGAAGUCGGAGCCCACCACCUACAUUAAUGCGCCAUUAGUCGGGGCACUAGCAUACUUGAACGCGAACCCGGCCAUUCCUCGUUAGCACCAAUAUAAUACAAUUCAUUUUUGUAAAUUAGUUCUUCAUGACAGUGAUCAGUCAGCGUUUAAAUAUACGGAAAAAUGCCUCUCGUCUUAUCGAGUGAAUUAGUUCGAGGCUUGUUCGUAAUUUGCUAAUUGAUUCUUGAAAUAUAGCAUGUUGGAGUCACCAAGUCUAGUACUUGUGACUUUUUCGAGAAAGAUUAUUGGAAAUUUAUUUCAAGAUUAAAAAUUGAA